AAAGAAAGGAAGAAAGAAAGAAGAAAGAAAGAAAAAAGAAAGGAAGAAAGAAAGAAAGAAAGAGAAAAGGAAAUAAGAAAGAAAGAAAAAAGAAAGGAAGAAAGAAAGAAAGAAAGAAAGGAAGGAAGGAAGAAGAAAAAGGAA